CAUCGAGGAGAUAAGAUUGUAGCUUACGUUUAUUCGAUCAAAUCAAACAACGCAUAAAUUAACUAGGGCUGAGGUGCAACCAUGUGAAUUAUGCACAGUUUAAGACGUUCUUGUAGCCUAGAAAGUCUCCAAACAUUAGGUAACGAUGAAACCGACGUCGCCGGUGUUUCCAACAGGACCAGAUGGAUAAACGAUGGCUCUGAGAAUGGCCCCCAGGCAGCUGCAAGCAUGGAUCUCCAGCAAAAUACCAACGAUGAUAAAGGCAGGAGGUUCGUCAGGAAGAACAGCAAAACCUAUAGCAAAAGUUGGAGGGGAAGGCAACCGAAAUGUUUACAAGAAAAACAUAAAUACUUCACUGUGUCUCAAGGCAAUACCAGCAGCGUCACUGAAGCUGUGAAGGAGUAUGAAGCUAGAUAUUUGAAGGACCUUGAUACCGAUGCAGCUAGACAGGAACGUGAAUACAUAGAAGCGUUUGAUGCUAUGAUACAGGCUAAACAAGAAGUGAGAAGACGUAAGCCACUCAAAAGCUUUAUCGAUGCUGCAAAUGAAGGGAACACAGAACUGUACAGAAGGAGUCUAAUAGAGCGUAUUGACUCAGAACUAGAAAAAAUGAGACUGGACGGUUUCAUCGAUGACAACGAAGAAGUCCCUGCCUUAGAAGAUAAAGUUAUGACUACAAGCCCCAGCGAAACAAGUACUGAUGAAAGCUGGGUCUACCAAAAUGAAAACCUCACAGAAGCACUCUACGAUGACCUUGAGACAGGCUCAAGCUUCGUCGAAGCCUACAAUGACGACGGAAGGGAGCUUAUUAUAGCUGAAGUGGUCAUAGAACGAAAGGCUGUCAAUUUUAAAGAUCAAGUAUCUCUGGAUGAAGCAAUCCGAGAAAACAUGCAUGAUUCAGAAUUGAUACUGAUUAAAAAUGACAAGGACUACGAUGUAGUGGAAAAGGCAAUACGCAGCUUGCCAAGUUUAUUCAAUACAGAACCACACUCCAAUAGAUCCACUGUAUAUUCCACAGCAUCUGAAUCUGUGAUGGACGACGAUGAUGAUGUGUUCACGGAUAACGAAGACAAAAACGUUGACGAAGGGUUCUCUUCUAGAAGGGAAACGUACUGUGAUCCAAAAGGAAAUGUUAGAAUAGAAAGGGUAGGGUCGUUGGGUUCAUCAGAAGAGAAAGCAGCCACUUUGAAACGGAAGAACUCAUUGACCCCAAUCAUCAUGUUAGAUCAUAUAGCAGACGAAAUCAAAUCGACGGAAAGGAAGUAUUUGAGUGACUUAGCGAAAAUAAUUGAUGACUAUAAACGGGUCCUAUUGCUCUGUACACCUGAAACUCAACAUUAUGAGCUCAAAUUCCUCUUCGGCAAUGUUGAAGAAAUACGAGAGUACCAAUAUAGCUUUCUAUUGGAUUUAGAGGAUUGUGUGGAUGCCACAGAUAUUGUGCGAGCCUUUGUGGACCAUGAAGCAUUAUUUACCAAGUAUCCAUCGUACCUGAGAAAUAAGCCCAAGGCUGAUCGAGUACUUCGAACAUUUUCACACAUAAUCAAAAUGUUCUAGGAGGUGCAAGAAGAUUUUGAUGACAGGCUGGACUUCUCAGCCUACCUGCUGACACCGCUGCAGCGUUUGGGUAAAUAUAUCUUAUUCCUCGAGAACAUUCAGAACCAGUUCGAGGCUCUUGGUAUUCCAGUAGACAUAACAAAAGCGGCAUUAGAGAUAGUCAAGCGAGAAAUGACAAAAGGUAACGAUUUUGUAGCCAUUGAGUCUAUCUACAAUAGUCCAAUCAGCAGAUUGGACUAUGGUACUUUUGUAAUGAGAGAAAAUUUCACGAUAAUAAAGCCAAGGAAAAUGGAGGUUAUGGUAUUUUUAUUCAAGAACAUCAUCGUUUUUACAAAUGCUGAUCAAAAAGAAAUGGAGACAUUCUAUUACCUGGACAGUAUAAAAACCAACGAUUUAAGGAUAGCUACUUUCGACGAUUUGACUCUACACUUAACUGAUUUCACGAAGAGUAAAAGAAAGAAUCGAUCCAUCAAAUACUCCUACGUAUUAGAAGCGAAAAGCGAUAAAAUAAAAAAAUUGUGGAAAAAGACAAUAGAGGAUAUACUUUGGCAGCAGCUGUAUAUGGCUAAAGAGACUGUCAAGGCUAUGCCAUCCGUUCAAGCUUCGACCCUGGAAUACGGUACAAAGAAGGAUCGUAAAAGGCGUUCCAAAAGAGGUCUUUCAGCCAUUUUCUACGCAGACUAGGCGUUGAAUCCGGUUGUGUACAACUGCUCAUAGUUAUUUAUUUAUUUGGAAAUAUUACUACGUUUUUAUUAAAAUUUUUAUAAAAAAUCUACGUUGUGC